GCACAUAAGGGAGGGGACUGCUUAUGGUUUACAUAAGCGCCUUUAUCUCCUUUUACUCGAGAUCAAUGUUUUUCCAGCUGGGACUUUCCAUUGUUCAUGUGGCAGGAUACAUUAGUAGACACCCAUAUGACUCUCUGGGAGUUGUAGCUUAGCAAGAACGGAAAAGGCAGCGCGACUGGACAAUGUCUGUAGUGCAGGGAAAGUACAUUCAUCGAUAAUGCUAAAGGGAAGGCAGGUGCUGCCUAUGAAAUUCCCAUUGCAUGAAGAGAGUGUAACUCCAUUUCCCCCCUAACUGGGGAAUAGCAGCACUCCGCUGCAUGUAUAGUUCUUUUGUCAUUGAUAGCACGGAAAAGCUGCAAAAGAGGUCUGUGGGACAGCAGAGAAAGUAUUUAGGAUUAAGUCCUGAAAAUCUGGGCUUUGAGAUGCCUCAGCCCAGUGUCAGUGGAAUGGAUCCUCCUUUUGGGGAUGCCUUUCGGAGCCCCACAUUUCCUGAGCAAACAUUAAUGAGCACAGACCUCCUAGCAAACAGCUCAGAUCCAAUGUUUAUGUAUGAACUGGAUCAAGAAUUAGGCUAUCAACAGAGCCCAACUGAAAACUUCCUAAUGCUAGAAGAUGGCAAAGAUUUUGAAAACUUAGAGUCAUUUACAGAUGUCCUUGAAAGCAGUCCACCUGUGACUUCAAAUUGGGAGCAGUGGGAUACCUACUGUGAGGACCUGACCAAAUACACAAAGCUCACGAGCUGUGAUAUUUGGGGAACUAAAGAGGUGGAUUAUCUAGGUCUUGAUGAUUUCUCCAGUCCAUAUCAGGAUGAGGAGGUGAUCAGCAAAACGCCCACGCUUGCUCAGCUUAAUAGUGAAGACUCCCAGUCAGUCGCUGAUUCCCUUUACUAUACAGACAGCUUCCUAGGCACUAAGACUUCAUAUGUACCAGGAAAGAAAGUGACAGCAGUAAGAGUAACUGCCCCAGUGUGCUCAUCAAAGACUUCACAUACUGAGGUGCCAUUAGCUGACUGCUCUCAAAAGGCUACCAAGUCUGUUGCAAGCAUCCAGAUGGCAGUAAAAACAAAUGUUUCAUGUGAAGAAAAAAUUAACCUCCAUGGGGGGUGUAAGGACUAUGUGAAAAAGGCCAAGGUAAAAAUCAGUUCGGUACUUCCUUGUCGGCCAACAACCACUAUGGUUGCCGCUGAUGCUGCAAAGGAGAACACAUGUUUUUGUGGUGCCUUGGCAAAGAAGCAGGAAAAGGCGAUAGGGGAGCCACCCAUAGGCCGUAAAAACUAUGGAAUCCUGCCUUUCAAGGAAACUCAAAAACUUUUUUGUCCAGCACCUGCGCUUAUAACAAUUGGUCCUGGAGAUGGAAAUACUUCUGCUGGAGCUUCUGUCUCUGAUCCUUCACAAAAGAAAGAAGAGCACAACUAUUCACUUUUUGUAUCAGAAGGCCUAACAGAACCUACAGUAAAGAGCGAGAUCUCUCAGCAGCAGGAGGAAGAAGAAGAGGAGGAAGCUGAAUUAGAUGAAGAAGAUCAUGAUGAGGGAUUUGGUAGUGAGCAUGAGCUAUCUGAGAAUGAGGAAGAAGAAGAGGAGGAGGAGGAGGAAGAGGAGGAGGAGGAGGAGGAAGACUAUGAAGAUGAUAAAGAUGAUAUCAGUGAUACUUUUUCUGAACCAGGAUAUGAAAAUGAUUCAGUAGAAGAUCUAAAGGGAAUCACAGCCAUUUCAUCACGAAAGAGAGGAAAGCGGAGAUACUUUUGGGAAUAUAGUGAGCAACUGCUACCAUCGCAGCAGGAAGGAACAUUGAGACCCUCAGAAUGGAACAGAGAUACUCUUCCAAGCAAUAUGUAUCAGAAGAACGGACUGCACCAUGGCAAGUACACUGUGAAGAAGUCUCGCAGGACAGAUGUGGAGGACCUAACUCCAAACCCAAGAAAGCUUCUGCAGAUUGGUGGAGAGCUGCGCAAACUGAACAAGGUGAUCAGUGACCUAACACCUGUAUCAGAACUUCCUCUUACUGCUAGGCCACGGUCCCGCAAAGAGAAGAAUAAGCUUGCUUCCAGAGCAUGUCGGCUUAAGAAGAAGGCUCAGUAUGAAGCAAACAAAGUAAAAUUGUGGGGCCUAAAUACUGAGUAUGAUAACUUGCUGUUUGUGAUCAAUUCAAUAAAACAAGAAAUCAUGAACCGGAUCCAGAUUCCAUGUGAAGAAUGGUCAGCUAGCAUGGGGCAGAAACUAGAUGCCAUGAUUAAAGAUACAAUAGGUUCACCAGUAGCUGGACAGACCUCUGAGUUUGUAAACCAGGUUUUGGAGAAAACCUCAGAUGGUGAUGCAACUGGUGGCCUUGUGGGAUUACGUAUACCAACUUCAAAGGUGUGAUAGCCUCUCUGUACAGCCACUACUGAUGUGUUGUUCUCCCAUGUUCUGCACUCUCCAGUGUAAAUUUCAUAUUUUGCAUGUCAUUCUGCCUGUAUAUUUUUUUAUUUUAUGGAACCAGAUUCUUAGAACACCUUCAAAAGUAAAAAUAUAUGUGGAGAGAACCCAAUGCACGAGACAUUGCUUCAUCACAGAAAUAGUUGUUUUGUUAGUUGCUCUACUUUUUUGUCAUAAGUUCUAUAUAUAUAUAUAUAUAUAUAUAUAUAUAUAUAUUGAAGUUAAAAUUAAGUUUGUUUUAGGCUAAGCAACUACAAUUUCUUAUAACUUCAUAAAGUUUUGAGUUAAUGCCAAAAUUAGGCAGUGUGUACCCUGAGAACAAAAAGAGUAACACAAAGUCAGUGAAUUUCUGCAGAAUUUUAAGACAUAAACACUCUUUUGUGCUCAGAGUAUAGUGUGUGUGUUUAUAUAUACAUUGUAUGUAUACACAUAUGCACUUUUAACACGUGAAACUUUGUAUAAAAUCUUUGUGCCUUGUAAUUUGCAGAGUAAGAAGACACUUCUGAAGCUUAAGGCCAUCUAGGCUGUUUUGUAUGCUUUAAAGUGAAUUAAAAAAAAAACCCCAUAAAACUUGUACUAACCUUAGUAUGUAGAUACUUAUGACAUAGUACAUAAUAUGGGGUUAAACUCAAAUGUCAAUACUUAUCGUGACUUCCCUUUUCCCUGAAUGUACAUAGGAAUAUGUUGAAAAUGUAAAUAUGUGCCACAGAGUCUGUGAACUGUAUAGAAACAAACAGGAAGACAAAGACAAAAAUGAUUUAAAAAAAAAAAAAAAAAAAUAGAAAAGAGAAAAAAAAAAAACCUACUCAAAUGGUGGCUCUUGAACUUAAACCAUAAGACUUCUUCUUCUAUCUUUCUUUUUUUUUUCCUUGGUACCUUAACCGUAACAGACAGAAACAAAAAAUUGCACAUUACUUUGAUUGUUGUUAUAAUUUUUUAUUUUGUACCAAAGACAAACACGUUAAGGUGGCAGACUGCCAGUCAAAGUAAAGUUUUGCACAGCUUCUAAGAUACUGUAACGAAUGUAAACAAUUUAAAACAUAUAUAUCUAUAUAUAUAUAUUAAAGAAAACUUUGAGGUCAGCGGAAUCCCAUUGAGGAAUGCCGAACUGUGAAUAUUAUCUUUUCUUAAGUAGUGGUCCAAUUUAUAGGCUUAUAUAUAAAUAAAUAUGGAGGGUGCAGUCACAGUCUUGUAUCUACAGCUGAGAAAUAUUUGUUUUUCCUUUGUAGAUAAACAAAGGCUUUAAUACCUUUGUGAUAUGUGUAUAAAUAUAUAUAUAUAUAAUUUUUUUUUUAAUAUAUAUUGAUUUUCAGAUGUUUGGAGAGUAGGUAGAGCUGCUACAUUUCACUGAAAUAGUUAAACUAAAACUUCCAGAAUCUGAUUUAUUCCUUGGCCCUUUGGCACCCUGUGAAUUAUAAAAAUAUAUAUAUAAAUAUAUCUAUAUUUUUGCUAUUGUAAUGUGCACAUGGAUAUAUAUAGAGAGAGUUCUAUAAAAUUCCAGUACUUUGCCAAUUUUUAUUUCCUUGAUCAUUCAAAGCAUGACAUAAUUUAAAAAAGAAUAGUUACAAUACAAAAAAAAAAACAGGAAAAAAUAAAAACAAAAAAAUAUAUAGAUUUUAUAUUUUUGUACCAGUUCUGCAAGAAUUGCUUCUUCAGAUGUUAGUGACUUGAUUUUACUUUAUGUUUUUGAUAGAGGUGAAUUUGUUUUAUCCUGCAUUUAGUAAUUCUGUUUAUUAAAUCUGAAUCUAAAUCGGAAAAUUUGAGAGUUGAAAAUGAAAAUACCUUUACUCACUUACCUUAAACUCCUGUUAACUUAAAAGUGUUUUCAACCAGGUAAUUUUACCACUUUAUUUCUAUUUUGAUCUAAGUUAUAUUUUGAUUUAGUUUCAUAAUAGUUAAUAGUUUCAUAAUAGUAAAAAAAAUACUGCCAUUGAUAUUGAUCAAUACAUCCCAGGUAUGGGAUCCUUUAUUCAGUGUCCUGGUAGCCAAAUGUUUUGGUAGUUGGGUGCAAUUUCACUCCAAACCCAGGAAAAUAUGGCAAUCUUGCUUUCACUUGUCCUUGCUUCCUCCACCUCUUUGUCCCAUUCAAUUCAGAUCUGACUGAUGGAAAAGGGAUUCUGUAUUUAUAAUACAUAACUUUUUUUGUUGCCUUUUAUCUUUUAAAGUGGACUAUAUAAAAGCAUCAUAAGGCAUUUCACUAAAUGUCAUGCCAAAAAAAAGAUUGCUCCCUUACCAGUGCCUUACCAUUUUAAGAAUGGGAUGAAUCUGCUGAUUAAAUCCUUACUAAGGAUGCUGUGGAUAUUUCUUAGAUACAAACAUUUCAGCUAUAUAACGUACAUCCAUAUACAGGAUACAGUACAACUGAGUAGAUGUAAGAUGUAAAGAAUUGUGUUGCCUAUGUUUCCUUCAUCCUAGAUUUGUAAUAAUCCACAUUGCCUAAGACACCUUGGUCUCUAAUGUCAUAUUCACAAUGAAAAUAUGUCCUGUUACUAUGACUCCACGAUCUAUGUUAUAAAAACACAAUUUGGUAACUCCCAGUGGCUUUCCGAUACCUGAGAUUACAGGUGGAACACUGGGAGGUUUAAGUUCUAUAUCAGUUGUAAGGUAUGAUCCCUGCUCUGAGAAGUCUCAUAUGUAUACCUGGCUGAUCAUUACUGUCUGAAAUAAUUCAGUAUACUUUAUUAUUGGCUUGGCUUUGUAGUGCACAAAACACUUUUCCUAGAUGCAGGAUAAAAUAAUUUGCUGUCUAUGCUGUAGUGGUGCUGAAUAGGGUACAGAAUUAAAUUGCCUUUUUGUAUGUGUCCUUGCUAUUAAUCUCUUUAAAGCAGAGUGGCAAGAUACUUAGCCACAUGUUUAUUCAGUGUUAUGUCUCAAAAG